AUGAGUUUCGAACUGGAAUUUGAUUACGAGGCCACUACUGCAGCGAUGGAUAUUUUUUCGCAAGAUCACAUAGAUACGUUAAAAGAUUGGACACAAACUUUAGAUAAAUCAAAAUACAUACCAAAAGAUUUAACUAAUAAACAAUUACUGUUAUUCUAUAAUGCAUGUUAUGGCGAUGUUGAAAAGACGAAAAUCUGUAUAGAAAGAUACUAUAAUCUUAGAAAGAAUACCCCUGAGCUGUUUGAUAAUCGAAUACUUUCCCUGGAUGACAUGAAAACGUGCGUCGAGGCCUUAGAGUUCUCCGUGCUUCCGGGCAGGUCGUGUAAGGGUUACGACCUCAUCUACCACAGACUUCAUCUGACUGACCCCUCCAAAUAUAUCUUCGAGUCAGCAGCAAAAAUGCUCUUCAUGACUGUUGAUGCCUGUUUAUACAAACGAGGUCCACAACCGGGUCAUAUAUUCGUUUUUGAUAUGCGUGGAGUUAAACUUGGACACAUAACACGAGUUGGAUUAUUGCCCCUGCGCAAGUUCUUUCAGUAUAUACAAGAAGCGAUGCCAGUUCGUAUGAAGUCAAUACAUGUGUUCAAUACCGAACCGGUUAUCGACAAAGUGAUGAUGCUCAUACGGCCCUUUUUGGAUAAAAAGUUCUUUGAUAUGAUAAAGUUCCACGCCAAAGAGGAAGAUUUCGAGAAUUUCUAUGAAACUAUAAUCCCCAGAUCGUCAUUGCCUCCAGACCAUGGGGGCACUUUGCCAGACACGCAGACGUUACACAAAAAAUGCAUACAACAACUAAAAUCAUUAGAACCACAUUUUGCAGCCGAAGAACAACAACGAAUUAAUGCGCUUCCUGACAAAAAGCGUGAAAAACAUAUGGAGAGAGCAUUUAAGAAUCUCGAUAUUGAUUAG